AAUGUACAGGCAUAUCACAAGACUACUUAUUUGCUUCCCCACAUUUGACAAAGCGAAAGCUUAGCUGGCUGGCCAUCUAAUAUAGGUCCACUGGCUGCCUGUGCUUCGGUCUGGCCCUGUUGACGUUUAAAAAAAAAUCAUCUGAAUUUGCUUUAAAACGUUCAUAAUGCCAACAAUUAAACUGCAAAGUUCAGAUGGAGAGAUCUUUGAGGUGGAUGUGGAAAUAGCAAAGCAGUCUGUGACAAUAAAGACAAUGCUGGAAGAUUUGGGUAUGGAUGAUGAAGGAGAUGAUGAUCCAGUCCCCCUCCCUAAUGUGAAUGCGGCUAUCCUCAAGAAGGUUAUCCAGUGGUGCACCCAUCACAAAGAUGAUCCCCCUCCCCCCGAGGAUGACGAGAACAAGGAGAAAAGGACGGAUGACAUACCCGUCUGGGACCAGGAGUUCCUCAAAGUGGACCAAGGGACCCUCUUCGAACUUAUUCUAGCUGCAAACUAUUUAGACAUCAAAGGACUGCUAGAUGUCACCUGCAAGACGGUGGCCAACAUGAUCAAAGGAAAGACCCCAGAGGAGAUCAGGAAGACGUUCAACAUCAAAAAUGACUUCACAGAAGAAGAGGAAGCCCAGGUACGCAAGGAGAACCAGUGGUGUGAAGAGAAAUAGAGGAGGAGUCUUCCAACACUAACACACUGAAAGGAUUGUUCUAGUAAUUGGUUGCACUGCGUUGUUCAUACUUGUUAAUAUUACAUUUAGUCUAUUAGAGUGACAGACCUCCCCCGUGUACUCAUCGCAUGACCAUUUCCAUUGCUUGUAUGGUGUGAAAUAAUAAAAUUAGCUAUUUCAUGUUUUUACACAUUUUACUUCACUUUAUAUUCACGAGUCUGGGUUCUGGGUUUUCGUUCCAAUUUCUAGAGUAGCUGCACCGCUCUCUCCGUUUUCAAUUGCUAUAGUAUUUUUUUUUAAUGAACAUGUUUACAUCUUCUUUUUGUUGAGUCAACUGAAAUGAUGGCUCAAUACUGAAUUUUAUAAUCGCAGCCUCUUCUGUGCCGUAGUUUUAACGUCAUCUUAGGGAGACGGGCGUUAAUAGGACAUUAGAAGUGGGGGUAAAUGUGUGAAAUGUCCCGUGGACUGGAAAUACUUGUUGAAGUGUCUGUGCCGUCUUUCACACAACUUAUGGUAUUUGGAUUGGAAUCUUUAAUCAGUUCUGCUCUGAAAAUGACAUUUAGGAUUACUAUUCAAUUCCAGGAGUAAGUAAAUGAAUUAAAAGAAUGUCUGUCUGCUG